GGCACUGAUAGGCAGCACUGAUAGGUGGCACUGACUGACUGCGGCACUGCUGGGCACUGACUGGCACAACCACUGGGCACUGACUGGUGCCACUGACUGGCAGCACUGCUGGGCUGCACUGAUGGGCACUGGUGGGUGGCACUGGGUGGGCACAGGUGGGUGCACUGCUGGUCACAGGUGGAUGCACUGCUGGGCACCGGUGGGCGGAGCUAGUGGGCGCACUGCUGGGCACAGGUGGGCGGAGUUAGUGGGCGCACUGCUGGGCACAGGUGGGCAGAACUUGUGGGUGGCACUGCUGGGCACCGAUCAUCAGGGCAUUGAUCAUCAGUGCCCUGAUGAUCGGUGCCGAUCCCUGCUCUAACAACUGCCGGUUCUCGGCAGUACUUUCCUCACGAUCUCUGACAGCGUGAGGAAAGUGCAGCCGAGAACCGGCAAUUGCAU